CAAACCUUUUUGCCUAUUACAAGCAAAGCUAAAGAAGGAUUCCAUUCCAUCACGACCUCGUUCCCCACAAGAACACUACUCUUCUCGUCGUCACCUUCAUAUCUCUUACGUUCUCGAACACAACUGCACCGCGAACAUCAUGUCGUUCUUCCUUCUCUUCUGCGUCGUAACGGCGGCUACGUGCCUUCUCCUUGCCUGUCCCGUCCACACCAACCAGAUCGAGUAUUGCGACAAGAAAGCCAGCUACCAGGUGACGGUCAAGGGGGUCGAGAUAAAUCCCAACCCGAUUGAGCGAGGCCAACCUGCUACCUUCAAGAUAUCAGCAAUCACUGGGGGUGACAUAAACAAAGGGAAACUGGUGAUCGAUGUCAAGUAUUUUGGCAUGCACAUCCACCAGGAGACGCUUGACCUCUGCAAAGAGACGUCUUGCCCAGUUUCCACCGGUGACUUCCGGCUAUCCCAUCAACAGACGCUCCCAUCAUUCACUCCACCAAAGGAUCAACCAACACAACAUGUUUCCUUCUUUUUAUCUUCUUCCACAUCACAGGGUUCAUACACACUGAUCAUGAAGAUCCUUGGAGAGGAGGACAAGCAGUUGACAUGCUUCAACUUUGAUUUCAGCAUUGGGUUUACCGAACCAGAUUGGAUUCUCGUAUAUUGAAUACAAAAACAUUGGUGUGCUUGGGCUGUUCUAAGAUUUGACCUGGUCAGACAUUAUGGGUUCGAAUCUCAUGGUUUUGGAUCUUGAAGCAAGUUUGUCGAUUCAUACAUUACAUUUCAUGUUUGGGAUCAUUUGUUUCCCCUCCCAC